AAAUACUGUUCCCUCGACGUUAGGUAAGCAUCGUAGGGUAUGUCGUGAUAAAGAAUCCCCGCAAGUCUCGGCACUAGUUGACGCGAUUCUCCAAGUCCAGGGUCCCGCAAGUACCUAGUCGCCCAAUGGGGGUCGAGAUAAAUGUAAUGCUUUGAAAAGCGAUAGAAACUUGGAUAUCGUAUCCUACAUUUACAAUUCGUAAAUUUCUAUCGCAGAAUCUACAAUGUCGUCGAAGGACCAGGACAGCGCCGAAGCCGGGGAGGAGCCGCAAGCGGCGGAAGACCAGCCCAGCAACCUCGGAGACUACGAUCUCGGGCGGCCGAUCGACGCGAGCCGGGGGAUGCGGGCGGGGCUCACGUCGUACGGGGACGCGCACUUCUCGCUGUUCCUGCGGAAGGUGUUCAUCAAGGCGCUGGGGUACUCGGAGGCGGCGCUGUCGCGGCCGAUCGUGGGGAUCGUGAACACGUACUCGGCCUUCAACCCGUGCCACGCCAACGUGCCGCAGCUCGUGGAGGCGGUCAAGCGCGGCGCGCAGCUGAGCGGCGGGCUGGCGAUCGAGUUCCCGACGAUUAGUCUGCAUGAGAGCUUCGCGGCGCCGACGAGCAUGUAUUUGAGGAAUCUGAUGAGUAUGGAUACGGAGGAGAUGAUUGCGGCGCAGCCGGUUGAUGGGGUGGUGCUUAUUGGUGGGUGCGAUAAGACGACGCCGGCGCAACUCAUGGGCGGGAUUUCAGCGAAUAAACCGAUAUUGCAUCUUGUUACGGGGCCGAUGAUGCCCGGGAGCCAUAGGGGUGUUCGGAUAGGGGCUUGUACUGACUGUAGGAAUAAUUGGGCGAGUUAUCGGGCGGGUGUUAUUGAUAUCGAAGAGAUUGCCGCCUUGAAUGAGGAGCUAGCGCCGACGGCCGGCACGUGCGGAGUUAUGGGAACUGCUAGUACAAUGGCGUGUAUACUAGUUGGACUGGGCCUCAUGCCCUUCAAAGGGGCAACAGCACCAGCCGUAUCGUCAGCCCGACUCCGAAUCGCCGAAGAAACAGGCGCCAACGCCGUAAAGGUCAUCGCAGCCGGGGAAAGGCUUAAACCUCAAGCCCUCUUAACCCGGGAGUCCUUCCUCAACGCCAUAACCGUCCUCCAAGCAAUCGGCGGCUCGACAAACGCCGUGGUCCACAUAAUGGCCAUCAUAAACCGGCACCCGAAGCUCGCCGGCACCAUCACCCUCGACACCUUCGACGAGAUCGGGCGCCACACGCCCCUGCUCGUCGACCUCAAGCCCAGCGGCGCGAACUACAUGUCCGACUUCCACAACUCGGGCGGCAUGGCUGCGCUCCUGCUGGAACUGCGACCUAUCCUACAUCUCGACGCGCUGACGAUCACGGGCAAGACACUAGGCGAGGCGCUAGACGCCGAGCGCGUGAUCCCGGUGCCGCAGCACCUGCGGUGCAUCCAGCCCUUCGACGCGCCUUUGCACCCGUGCUCCUCGCUCGUCGUGCUGCGCGGCAACCUGGCGCCGGGCGGCGCUGUCAUGAAGGCCAGCGCGUCGAAAGACCGGCGCCUGUUGCGCCACUCCGGGCCCGCGGUCGUGUUCGCCGGGUCGGCGGACCUGGCGCUCCGCAUCGACGACGAAAACUUGGAAGUCACGCCGGACAGCGUGCUGGUGCUGCAGAACAUCGGGCCCGUGGGCAACCCGGGGAUGCCGGAGGCCGGGCUCGUGCCGAUCCCGCGGAAGCUGGCGGCGCGCGGGGUGACGGAUAUGCUGAGGGUUUCGGACGGGCGGAUGAGCGGCACGGCGGGCGGCACGAUCGUGCUGCAUGUUUCGCCCGAGGCGGCGGAUCCGGAGAGCGUGUUGGGGGUUGUGAGGGAUGGGGACGUGGUGACGUGCGAUGUGGAGGCGAGGGUGCUGAGGGUGGAGAUUAGCGAUGAGGAGAUUGAGCGGAGGAGGGUUGAGAGGAGGGAGGUGCUGGCUAAGGGGGACUCGGAACACCCGUGGAAGGCGAGGGAGAGGAUGAGGGGGUAUAGGGGUUUGUAUAUGAGGGAGGUGAAUCAGGCGGAUCAAGGAGCGGAUUUUGACUUUUUGAGGGCUGGAUUCGAGGGUUGAUUAUAUGAU